CUUUCGCGAGUGAAGUUUCUCUGUCUAACGAAUUAUUUUGACACAUCGAAUACAAUCUUUGAAAAGAAGUAACGCUCUGAAAUGAGAAAAGAAAGGGAAAUUAACGUUUUCUUAUUGUUACUUUUCGUAAAUGUUGCACGUAGUGAUACAUAUAUACCCGUAAACCGAGAGGAUCCUUGUAUAAAUUUGUGUGAAAAAACACCAUUCUCAUUCACGAAUAGUAAAUAUGUUAAAUCGUGUUGUCAACGAGGAUGUAGAUUCUUCAAUCUAGUGGACUUGCAUAACGGUUUAGAACCAAAUAGCUUAAAUGGCACUAGAGACGCUUGUAAAGCUUCAUGUACAGAGGCAUAUACAUUGCCACAAGGUCGCUGCGCAUGCAGUACUGGUUGCGAUUUUAUGGCUAAGCAGCGUAUUUCAGAUCUGUUAUCGCUCUUUUCUGUUGCUAUCUAUAUAGAGGAAGGAGUAGAUUCUAACAUACUUUUAAUGUCACCAGAUAUACCUGACAAUGAUAUCUUAAGUGAUCCAGGUUUACGGAAGGAACUUCUUCCACGAUGGUGGGACUCAAACGGAUUUAAACUGCCACAAACAUAUAUCAAAACUGUCCCAUUAGAUGCUGGGACUAUGGAUUACGGUGUACCAUCAGACUACUCUGGAGAAAGUGACCAAUCAGCUUCAAUACCUGGAUCUGAUUGGCUUCAAUGUGCCUCAAGACAUAUUGGACUGCCACAUUGGCUUCUUGUAUGUGCCCUUUUAGCAGCAACUCUAUCUGCAUUUUGGUUAUGUGUAUUUGCUGAUAAACCUAAUGAUGCUUAUAAAAAAAUGCUUAUCGCGAAGUCUGAUAUUUCUCCUACAGUUGCAUUGUAUGUACCAGAAUUACCAUUGCAUAAACAACCUCCACCUAAAUAUUCUGAGAGCAUUGAUGUAACAGAAGUUAAUAUGAAAGUUUAACUAGGUACUUUAGUACCAUAACUUUUAUGUAACUUUGAAAACUAUUUCAAUUUAAGUAUAUUAUUAGUUUUGAAUAAACUGUGUUUUGUAUUAUGUAUAUUAGUGCUUUAUGAAUAUUGCAAUUAUCAAAAAGUAAUCGCACUUUCUGUUUCCAAUGAAAUCAUUAAUAGUUAAAGAUAAGCUUCUAAAAUUUACGUAAAGCUUUAAAAAUUUAAUUCAAGCUUCAAAGUAUACAAGAACUAAAAUCAAAAUAAAUUAUAAAAUAAGAUACAAAAUAUUUUCUGAAAGAAUGUAUGGUAACGUACAUAUGCUGGGAUUAUUUUAUACAAAGUAAAACUGUUUUUUAUAACAGAAAAUAACAGUUCUUAUUACCUAUUACAUUCUUUUUCUAUGAAGAUUGUAACAAAAACGAUCAUCGAAGUAAAACUAGCAAAAUGAUUAAAAAAAAAUGCACAGAUGUAAGACUGCAUAUUAUGUACUUUGUUAGCUAUUUAAUGACGAUCAAAAGCUUUUAUAUUUAUAACAAUAUAUUAUUUUUCUAAACAUGAUUUACAAAUAGUAAAGGAAAAUAUUCUAACUUUAAA